AUGGCUUUUUUUCUUAUUCAUCUGCUUCUGCAAAUGGGAUUCGUUUUCGGAUCUAAUUAUGGGUAUGUGGAAUGGUCGGAUAACGACAAAGACGCUGAAAUACGAUCGAAGAACCCCAUUAUGUACAGCACUCAAAAUAUCAACAAGGAAUCGAUGCACCAUCCAACUUCUUACCCAGGACCCUUCACGGAGCGCACCAUUGUGGCGCACAAAAUCGAAGAGGACCUGCCUAGGGUGGUAACAGCUUUCCUGCACACGGGAGACUCGUCUGCUCUAGAACAAGUCAACUGUUCUCGGAGGUAUGAGUUGAGUAGCCUCCGCGGUGGAACCAAUGUGGCCUCACACUAUUUUCUCCAUAGCGUGCUGGACACCAUGGCGCACGCAACCAACUUUCUGAACAUGAUUUUACAAGCCAACAGGUCAAGAGAGCACAGCCUUCGGAGGGAUAUUCACUGGUACCACGCACUGGUUCGGAGUAUUCUCGAGGGGGACCCCAAAAUUCACAGGGCAGUGGUUACAUUCCAUACUGAUGCUCCGACGCCGAGUCCCCAUGUUUUCCUUCAAGCGACAAGAACUGAAGGGGGAGUGGUUCUCCAGGACCUUUCCAACUCCGCUCACCACCAUCUCAAGAGCAGGAGCCCGGAUUCUGAGUGGUUUAACGAGUUCAGGGACCGAAAAAAAACGUACAUGCAGAGAAGGGCUUCGAGCCGAGACCCAGUAGCCACUCAAAAUGGCUACAUUCUGGACAAAAGCCAAAUCAAGUGGUCUGCGCCUUACCUGGAAUGCGAACAUGGGACUUUCGUACCACACUGGCUACUCACCUUGUCUGCAGGGUUCUAUGGUCUGAAGACAAAUUCCGCGCCCGAGUUCAGGGGUGUGGUUCGAGUGGACAUCAACCUCCAGGAUGUGGACAUUGACCAGUGCUCCAGCAGUGGAUGGUUUGCUGGAACUCACCGCUGUAAUCUGACCAGCAUGGAUUGCAAUCCCAUUGUCGGACAUGGAUUCGUGCUAGACAACUACAAGUGCCAAUGCCGGAGAGGCUUCUACCAUCCUAGCAGAGUGGCACUCAACGGCUUUACAAAGAGCGGUGGUCACGCUCAUGGUGAGGACCCCUCGGAGGGGUCCAGUAGGUGUCUGCCAUGCCGUGAGGGCUGCCCCUACUGCCGGGAUGACACGCCCUGCUUGGCUCAGGAGGACGGAGCCCUUCGGCUUUCCGUAGCCUCCUUCCAGGGCCUCUGUAUGCUGCUGGACUUAGUGGCCAUGGUGCUGGUCUACCACUUCCGCAGGAACAAGAGGAUCCGAGCGUCUGGUCUCGUCCUCCUGGAGGCCAUCUUGUUUGGAGCCUUGCUUCUCUACUUUCCCGUGAUGAUACUGUACUUCAGCCCCAGCGUGUUGCGCUGUAUCCUCCUGAGAUGGGUGCGACUCCUGGGCUUUGCCACGGCCUACGGAACAGUGAUCCUGAAGCUUUACAGGGUGCUGAAGGUGUUUCUGUCCCGUACGGCACAGCGGACGCCCUACAUCACCAGCUGGCGGGUGCUGCGUCUGCUGGGGGUCAUCCUGCUGGUGGUGCUGUGGUUUCUGGUGGCCUGGACCUCGGCCGUGUGUCAGACACCUGACCGGACAUCGGCCCUCAUCGAUGUGGGCCUCACCCCCGACGGGCUGCAGUUCAGCAUGUGCCUGCUGGACCGCUGGGAUUACAUGAUGGCAGUUGCCGAGUUCCUGUUUCUUCUGUGGGGAGUGUACCUCUGCUAUGCUGUCCGGACCGUACCGUCAGCCUUCCAUGAACCACGCUACAUGACUGUUGCCAUAUACAAUGAACUCCUCAUAUCGGCAGUAUUCCACACCAUUAGGUUCACUCUGGCUCCUCAGUGGCACCCUGACUGGAUGCUCAUGUUGGUCUUCACUCACACACACCUCACCGUGACUGUGUCUUUGGGGCUGCUGUUUGUACCAAAGUGUCUGUCCACAGUGACCCAGGCGAGUGAUGACAUUGCCACUGAAACCUAUGAAGAGGAGCUGGACAUGGGCCGGUCCGGGUCCUACCUCAACAGCAGCAUCACCUCAGCCUGGAGCGAACACAGCCUGGACCCCGAAGACAUACGGGAUGAGCUCAAGAAGCUUUACGCCCAACUGGAAGUCUACAAGCGCAAGAAGAUGCUGGCCAACAACCCACACCUGCAGAAGAAGCGCAGCUCCAAGAAGGGCCUGGGCCGCUCUCUCAUGAGGCGCCUCACUGAGAUCCCGGAGACCUUGCACCGACAUGGCAGCUAUGGCAGCCGUGAGGAACGUGACGGUAGCGAGCACGGGAGCAACCGCAGCACCCUUCGACGGAAUCCCUUCGACUCGUCCCAUUCAGGUCACAAGUCCAGGGAAGACUCUUUGAAAAGCAAAGUUCUGGGCCUGAAUAAGUCACACAGCUACGACCACGUUUGUGACCAAGCUAAGGAAACUGCCGGCGGAGAGGGCUUGGGUGGGGACAAAAUGGCCACCGGCGAUGGUUCCUUGCUGGGAUCUCUCAUUAGGAGGCAGGUUAAGAAGUCACCAGAUCCUGCCCCAAAGGUGGAACCGGCCGAGUCAGUGCCCUUGGUCUGCAAGUCGGCCAGCGCGCACAACUUCACAGCGGACAAAAAGCCCAUUCAGCUGAGGACGUCCAUCAUGCAGAAGUCACUGAGUGUCAUCACCAGUGCCAAAGAGAAGAUGCCCGGGCUCACCAGCAAGACCCAUAGCGCAGAGGAUGCCAGCAAGAAGGGACUCAAGGGUCGCGAUGGAAGGAUGCUGUCUGAGGUGGACGAGAUGGAGUGUUAUCCUAAGAUGAUCAUCAGCCAGUCGGUAGAGUACUCCAGGACACCCAUGGCCAAGAUGGGCAUCAUGAAGCAGCAGGUGAGUGGCAGCCAGCCGUCCAUCAAUACAGAGCCGGGGAGAAACCUGUAUGACCUCUCCGAGGUGUGCUCUUGGGAUGUAGAGGACCCCCCAACCCCGUCGGAUGGAAGGUCCCAGAAGCAUGUAUCCAUUGCUCCGGGAGAGACCACCACGGUCCACAGGGGUGAUGGUGGUGGUGGCACGGGUACCACCAAGGGCAGUCGCUCCCAACAGAAGCAGCAGAGAACCGCAGGGCAAUCGCCUGCAGGCCGACAGCGCUCCAAAGACAAGGGGUGUGAACGAGACGAGUCCAGAGAAACAAGGAAGCCCAGGUCUCCCAGAUCUCCGCUCUUGCUCAAACCGGAGGUGUGCCCCUGGGCCUUUGAGGUGCAGCCGAUGUUGGGAGGCGAUUCAGACUCCAUCUCUCCAGAGAGGAUCAGACGUAAGAGGAGCGUCACACCAACUGAUGGGAAGCCCAAGAUCCUCCACUCAGACUACUCCAAAUCCACAGGGAGUCUGCUGCAGCCGCCCACCCUGAUGUUGGACAUCUGUCCCUGGGACUACAAUGAAGCCCCAGCCCCGCCUUCCCCCAGCCAGGAGAAGACCUGCUCCAGUCCCACGGCUCACUCCAAGCGGAAACGAAAAGGUUCGUGCUCCUCCAAAGAAAGGGGAGAGAGGGGUGAGAGAGAGAAAGGAGGGAGGGACAAGGAGGAGAAGCAGCACAGGUCAAAGAACAAGGAGAGGGAGAGCUCCUCCAGCAGGCCCUCGGAAAGACCACGUGUCAGCCAAUCAUCAGAGGGUGUUCCGGUCACCGUGCCAACAUCUGGGAGACGGAGGAGCUCAACGAGAGACCCGGAGGCGUCGGAGAACAAGAGGGUGGAGGCGUGCCCGUGGGAGGUAGAGGACGCGCAUGCCAGCGUAGCACAGAUAAAGCCUUCUCCAGCGAGAGAAAACUCUUUGAGUUCUAAUAACAAACAACCCGUUAGCACUGCUAAAAGGGUUGACGUUUGCCCCUGGGAUUUUGAAGACAAUGGGUCAGAGAAAAGUGCAUGAUAAUCAAAAUGAUAGACUAUGUGUUUUGUAUUCACGACACAAAUGCCUUGCAAACUGGGUUUUAAAGAUAAGGGUGGGAAAAACAGUUGUACUGUGGUACUAAAUCAUUUUGUGAAGUAAAACAUGCAAUACGGUCUGUUAAAGCAUUCCAAACAAAGUAUUUGUUCAAAUACAAAGUCCUGUUGUUAGUUGUGCAGCUUAAAGUCACUUUAUCCGCAAUGUAGAGAAAUGUUUAGUCGGCACUAUUUGCUUGUACAUUUGCUCAGUUUGCAGUUUUGCGCGAUUUGUCACACUCUUUAAUACAUUAAACACGUCCUUACUACCUGUGAGGGAAUUUACACUGAAUGAAUUACAGACAACAAUCUGAUUUAGACAGGUUUGUACAAGAACGUGGGACUGAUUUAACCAGUACAUUUUUGUAAACAACUAAUUGAUGAUGUUGCCACAUGUUCCAUUAUACUGGACUGGAGUUCUCUUUUGUCUGUUUCCUGCACCUGGGUCAUUCCAAUAUUCUAGACUGGAGUUCUCUUUUGUCUGUUUCCUGCACCUGGGUCAUUCCAAUAUUCUAGACUGGGGUUCUCUUUUGUCUGUUUCCUGCACCUGGGUCAUUCCAAUAUUCUAGACUGGGGUUCUCUUUUGUCUGUUUCCUGCACCUGGGUCAUUCCAAUAUUCUAGACUGGAGUUCUCUUUUGUCUGUUUCCUGCACCUGGGUCAUUCCAAUAUUCUAGACUGGGGUUCUCUUUUGUCUGUUUCCUGCACCUGGGUCAUUCCAAUAUUCUAGACUGGAGUUCUCUUUUGUCUGUUUCCUGCACCUGGGUCAUUCCAAUAUUCUAGACUGGGGUUCUCUUUUGUCUGUUUCCUGCACCUGGGUCAUUCCAAUAUUCUAGACUGGGGUUCUCUUUUGUCUGUUUCCUGCACCUGGGUCAUUCCAAUAUUCUAGACUGGGGUUCUCUUUUGUCUGUUUCCUGCACCUGGGUCAUUCCAAUAUUCUAGACUGGUGUUCUCUUUUGUCUGUUUCCUGCACCUGGGUCACUCCAAUAUUCUAGACUGGGGUUCUCUUUUGUCUGUUUCCUGCACCUGGGUCAUUCUUGUCAAGUAGUGGGCCAAGUAUGAAUUCAGAGUGUUGGUCAUCGGGAAGUGUAUAAUAUAACUUCCAUAUGAAGCACAGUGCACAGAUAAGUAUGCUGUUAAUUCUGGGGCCUUAUAGAUUAUACAAUUUGAAGUGUUGAGUAGGAGAAAUAGCUACAUUGGUGCACCAUACAUAGUUACCACUUCCAUAGCAACACGAGGAUGCAUCCCCUUAAGGAAGUGUAUCUAUUUGGUCUCCUUCCAGUCAAACAUGCUUUGUGUUCGUACAAGAAACAAACUGAAGAUUAUUUUUGAUGCUUACAUUUUGUAAAACUGCUAUAGAAUGUGGCAGAGCACUUCCAGAAAUUGCUUUGUUGUCAAUUCAUCAGUUUUACAUCCAAAAAUGCUACAGCAUUUGGUAAUGGACAUUUUUUGCAACAGAAACAAACAUUUCUUAUUGGACAAGUUCAACUUAGUCCCUCCCCUGUUUCAGUCUGUUUUUCUCCAAUUGGCUUCCUAGUGAGUAAAACCCAGCUAAUCCGUAACACAGUUCUUCUCAGUGGUGGAAAAAGUACCCAAUUGUCAUACUUGAGUACAUGUAAAGAUACAUUAUUGGAAAAUGACUCAUGUAAAAGUGAAAGUCACCCAGUAAAACAGUACUUGAGUAAAAGUCUAAAAGUAUUUGGUUUUAAAUAUACUUAAGUAUCAAAGUAAAACGUAUAAAUAAUUUCAAAUUGCUUAUAUUAAGCAAACCAAACGACACAAUAUCUUGUUUUUAUUUAUUUACGGAUAGCCAGGGGAACACUCCAACACUCAGACAUAAUUUACAAAUUAAGCAUUUAUGUUUAGUGAAUCUGCCAGAUAAGAGGAAGUAGGGAUGACCAAGGAGGUUUUCUUGAUAAGUGUGUGAUUGGACCAUUUUCCUGUCCUGCUAAGUAUUCAAAUGUAACAAGUAUUUGUGGGGUUUCUGGAUAAAUGUAUGGAGUAAAAAAAAAAGUUAAUUAUUGUCUUUAGGAAUAUAGUGAAGUAAAAGUACAAAUUGUCAAAAAGAUAAAUAGUAAAGUAUAGAUAUCCCCCAAAAAAUGACUUAAGUAGUACUUUAUUAAGUAUUUGUACUUUAAGUACUUCACAAUGACUACAAUGCUACAAUGACUUCUGCAUGACAGUACACAUAUUGGCCCAACGUCUCACUGCUCUUAGCAAACUCUGCUCUGUUAUAACCUGUUUGUUGAGUGAACUUGUACCGCUGUCGUCUUAUUACUAUAGUGCUUGGUAACACUGCUGUUGCAUCCACAUAGGAAUAUUUACAUUGUACAUUUAUAUUGUGUUCUGUUGUAAUCGCAUGUACAUAACUCCCCCCCCCCUUAAACCUGCA